AUGAUACUGAAGUCACGCCGUCUCCUCGUCCAACAAGGCUUCCGAUACAACUCUCCAGCUUCCAAUUCACAGAUCCACUACUUGCAAAAGUUUUUAACAUCAACGACCGUGGCGUCAUCCAUCGAAUCCAACGCCGGCGGAGGUGGUCGUGCAGGACGAAAAUCCAAAAGGUCGGAUCGUGUUUCUACACGCGACGGGCAAGGCGACGGCGUAAGGAAGGCAUGGCCUAAGAAAGUAGCUUCUCCAAAGGUCGAUGGGAAUAAGAUCCGUCCAACACAUUUUCUCGCUCUCCCUCUCAACAACCACCCCACUCUACGCGCCAAAAUCGGCACCUUUCAAAAUGCAUUACUAGCACAAGGGCGUCCCAACCCUCAAGUUCCCGGACCGUCGACACGCAUUGGCGGGCUCGACAAAUCCAUCGUGAUCGACCCAAGAAGGCUACAUCUAACUCUCGGCGUGAUGGCGCUCGAGGCCGACAAUUCAGAUCCAAGCCCAUCCACCACACCAACCAAGAAAACCCCACAAACCGCACUCGCACUCCUCGCUUCCCUCCGCCCACAUAUCCUAGACAUCCUCAACGGCGAUGAGGGCGUGAAAGUAACAUUAAACGAGAUGGGGUGGUUCCCUGAAGGCGGCAAGGGCAAGAACGUGCUGUUUUUCGGACCUGGGAGUGUUGAAGACCAGAAGCUGUGGGCUGUCUCUGAUCUCAUACAUCAAAAGUUCAAACUAGAAGGAUACAUCACCGAUACGCGACCACUCAAACUACAUUGCACCAUCCUCAACACGAGCCAUCGAAAACCGCGGAACUUUAGACUAGGAUUGGACAUUGAGGAUGUUUUGGUGAGCGACGCUAUGCGGAAAUUAUCGGCAGGCGAUGCGUCGGAAACGCUAGCGAACGCUGGGAACGUGAAAGUCGACUCUUUGGGGACGUACGAUGUGCGUGAGGUUCAGUUAUGGGUUAUGGGGAGCCAUGGACCUGAUAAUGAGUAUCGUUUGAAAUUUCUUAACUAUGCUGAACGCUUUGCGGGGGCAUCAUGA